GGUAUGUAACGUUAUAUUACAUUACUCACCAACUGCGACAUAUUAGAAAAUUCAGGAACCACCUAGCUCGUUCCUUGUUGUAAUAUAAAAACUGGGUGACACUGCUGGGUUCAUCAGACUCUUCCAAUCCACGGAAAUAUCAGCAUCAACUUUCCAGCGACAAAGACGACCCAGCCGACAGCAGACAGAAUGGCUCUCGUGUUCUCCCCGUUCCACCCGAGCAGGCACUGCUGCCGAGUCGUGCGGCCUCGCGGCUUCCCGGGACUGGCUCAUGACGUCCCACUCUCCGUCAUGGAACACCAGAUGGACGCCGCCCUCCAAGAUGGACUGCUCUUCCUCAACCAGCUCCUCAGCCCUUCACAAUGCCCAUGUCGGCCACCGACACAGCAGAACAAGGACGCUGAGAAGACGGCCGACGAAGGAAAGAAGGAAAAGAAGAACGAAGCCACUCCGCCCGAGAAGUACGAGGUGUCGCUCGACGUGACAGGGUUCUCUCCUGACGAGAUCAGCGUCAAAACGGUCGGCAACAAAGUCCGAGUCCAGGGCAAGCACGAAGCGCGCCACGCCGACCAGACCGGCCACAGCUUCCGCUAUCAGGAGCUGAGGAGGGAGUUUGUGCUGCCCGAGGGGGUGGACCCCGCCACCGUGACGUCCGUGCUAUCCAAGGACGGAGUGCUGAGUAUCCAGGCACCGAGGAUGGCCAUCGAGGCGGCACCUGCCGAGAAGGUUGUACCUGUCCAGUCUGCCGAUGUUCCGGCAGUAGAGAAUGGUACCGAGGGCACCGGUAGUGCAGAGGGCGACGAUGAGAUGGCAGAGUGAGACAAUGUGUAGCACAGUAGCUUCCUUGUUUGUUUGUUUAUGUAGAUCAAUAAUCUUUGCCUACGUACAACAGCGUAGUAAAAUCUGUGAUCUAACUUAAUGUAUCAUUUGUUCAGAAAAAGUAUAUCGUACCCUAGGUAUGUUAUGUCCUGCAUUGCAAGACGUGAAAUUGCCAGUUGCCGCAGAAAUUCAGAUACUUACAUACAUGUGUAGAUAUGAGGUUUCUUUGUGUUAAUCAUUUAUCACCUGCAAGAUGGUACAUAAAUGUCUUAAUAAUACUGCAGCUGAGAAAGUAUAGAUACGGAAUAAAGUGUAUUUUACUGUA